CCUCCAUUGCUCAUCAUAUACGCUUUUAUUCUCUCCUCUUCUCAGAAAGGCGAAGAAAUAUUCCAGUAGCCAAGAGAUUUAACGGACGACCUUUCGCCGUUCCGGCGGUUGAAGAUCGGAAGGACCUCUCUCACCUUAGCCCUCGAUCCAAUUGAAGCUGUGGCAACUGCGCGGCGGCGUAUUCGGUUGUGUGAAUAGCACUUGGAGCGGAGGGAUUUUUGGCUAGGAUUUCCGGCGGAGUUAUACGUGUGCGCCAGUUUUUGUGAGAUUCGGACCAUUUGGAAGGAGGUUAAUCGGAGCCCCUAGAGUUUUGAGUUGCGGAGAUUUGGGAGUUUUGUACCGUUUGCAUACAGGUAUACGAAACCCUAAGUUUUUUGAUAAUCUGCGUGAUUUGUGUGUUUUUUCUCUUUACCGUCAUCCGGCGAGUAAUCUCCUUCUCGGUAGAAAGAUCUGUGGUCUUCGACAGACUUUCUCCUCCGGAUUUGAGUUCAGGAUCCACGAGUUCAAAAUCUGAAUCUGAUUUGUCUCUUGAGCUAAGUCUUCGUUCGGCGGAGCAAGUGAAGUUGCCACUUAAUUAGAUUUUGAUUGAAUGAUUUGCGGUGCACAUGUUGACUCAAGAAACGUAUUAAAAUUAACCAUGGAGGAGUCAAUGGCCUGUCGGCGGCUGCAGAUUAUUUGAAGACUCUGAAGCUAAUUGCUGAUUAGAUCUAGCGCUCAUUCACUACUAUGUUCACCUGAAGGGUGCAAGCUAUCAAAUAUGAUGGAUGAAAGGCCAUUCAAACCCUUUUCGUCAUCUAUAUAGCAGGAACUUAUUUUGAACUAAAAUUAAGUACAAUAAUGAUGUGCUCAUUCGUAUGUCCAUCUAUUUGUUUUAAAUCAAAAAUAUAAUUUUGCCAGUAUCGCUUUUGAUUCAGGUGAAAUGAAUGAAUCUUGGUCACUAUCGUGUGCUUUGCUCCUUUGUCUCGUGCCUAAUGCAGUUUUCUGCUUUGUUGGCAGUGAGCUCAGCUGCAUGAAGUUCAAAUAAAUUACUGUUUAUGACCCAUGGUAAGAUUUAUGUAUAAAUUGUCAAAUGUUGCAUACACAGGGUUAUUAGGAGUAAAACUAAUUUAUUUUGGCACUCUUGAUUGGUAUUCAAUAUUCACAUUUAUGAUACAUUGAUUCAGUUAUACCAAGUUUUUUUUAUGUCUUUACUUGUUUGUAAAUGGUCCUAUAAAUGUGUUGUUGUUGACAACUUAUGAAGCUCCCCUAGCGAAUAAAAGGAGGGCAAAGUUUGGUUGGUGGAAAAUAGUUUGUGUGGCAUCUCUGAUGGACGAAUUUGUAGAAAACACAGCUCUAGACCCAACCCUAGUAUGCAUUUUUUAUUUAAGAUUUUUUGUCCACUUUUUCCGAGUUAACUUUGCUUCCGGCAGGCUUGCACUUGCAGUUGAUCCGGGACUUUUAAGUGUUAAUUCAGAAAAGUAGGCAGCAGGUUUGUUAAAUCAUUUGGUGGAUUCAGCGUGUAUGGGAUAGAGCCCAUAUCUGCGAAAUAAUGCUAAGCAGUAUGGGUCUUGAAGUCACGAACUUCACCGAGCCAGAAUUAAGUUGGAAACCAGUGAUGAAAGGACGACGCACAAAAAAGUCACUAGCCAGAAGCUUGAACAGUGUUGUAAAAUCAGGGAAUUCUACUAGCCCCCAAAGCAUGGAAGAUUUAUCUUGGUCUGAUUCUGAUAAGUUUGGUGAAGUGAUUAUUGGACAGGUAACCUCUGACAAAUCAGAAAAUGUUCCGCUCAAGAAAAGAAGGCAUUUACUUCAAUCUCCACCAUCUCAUCCCUGGAAAUCCUCUCUACGCAAUCAAGUUUCUGCCCCCUCGAGAACACGCUCUUGUUUACCACUUUUAGGAGAUCGUGAACAGCUUCAGUAUCCUAGCUGUUCCUCAGGGGAUUUCUCAGGAAUUGAACUUCUUGCAGCAGCAGCUAGCAUGGAUGUUGACAUUAAUGAUGCAGAUAAAAAGGAUGUUACAGAAGACACUAUAUUCCAAAAUAACUCUGAUGAAUCAAGUUCUGCCACUCAGUCUGAACAAGGGUCAAAAAAUAAAGUGUCAGCGAGUUCUUUGAGUAAUUUUGAUGUCCUUGGAGCUAAUGUCGAGUCCCAAGACAACAAUUCUGCUGUUUCUCCUCAAAGCUUACUAACUCACCCGGAGGAUGACACCAUGCCAAAGGUAAGCCGAGAGCAUUGGGAUUUGAACACUGCGAUGGAUGCUUGGGGCGAACCAUGUGAUGAUGCAAUUGCUGUGGAUACCUUAAAGGAUGUCAAUGAAGGGAUGCAUAGGGAGGAGGUGGAGAAGCAUUUUGCAAAUCACGUACUAUCUAAACCAACUAAGACAGCAGAUCAGACUUCAAGUCUUUUAGCAGAAGAAGAUAAGUCAACAUUAGUUUCAGAAGAUGGAAUUAGCAAUCCACCUCCCCACCUUGAAGAAAAUUUGUGGGAACAACCAAAUGUUGUCUUUUCUCGUACUGCUAUAGAUACUUCCAAUCAAUCUUGUGAAAAGGAUACUGACUCAAUUCAGGCUUCUAAUUGUGAAUCUGGAAUGAAAAUACUGAAUCAAGAUACAAGCUCGGAUGUCAUUGUCGGCUGUUCUCCUUCCUGUGAGCUAGUGCCUGAGGAGAAAAACAAUGCUACUACGUUACAGGAUGGAGAUUCUUCUUGUAACAUCAGUGAAUGUGAGAGAAGUGCAGCUCUAGAUGGAAGUCAUACUGGGACUGAUGAAGUCAAUGCUCAUGACAGAACCGCUUCUGAAUCUGUGAUUUAUGUCCAGCCUAAAGAUAAAGAAGUUUCCAAGAAGACGCCUGAAUUACCUGAUGGUCAACCUGUUGCAAGUACUGAUUCAAAUAAACAAAUUGAUGGGGGCUUUCUUUCAAAUUCUUCAAUGUCUGAUUGCGAGCAGUAUUCAGAACUAGCGGAACUUGGUACUGACCGUGAUGGGGAUAGUAAUCUUCAUAAAGAACAAUCGAAGAGAACUGUGGUGGAUGACACUUGCAAGAGUUUUGGUGCUGGAACACGAUGUAAAGUACCUUCCUCUGUCGGAAGUAUUGGACGGCGCAAUUUAGAUGUUUCCCGGGGCAACCAUGUUGACAUGGGUGAUGGAGAUGACUUGACUGGUUUCCAGGAAGGGUAUGAUUCUCCAUACGAGGAUGGGGAGCUGAGGGGUUCAUGUUUGUACACGUGGGAGGAAAGUGAGGUGGAAAAUGAGUGUGUUGACUAUGAGUCUGAUGGAAGGAAUGGGGAUGGUUCUGAUGCUGAUGAUUACUACCAUGGGUCUGAGAUAGUUGAAGGUGGUUCCGAGGGUUCUCAUGGUACUCAAAGAAAUUUGUCAAUGAAAAUACCUCCAGAAGGUAAAAGUAAGUGUGGAGCAGUUAAUCAUUCCUUUAAGGAGCAUAUUGUCAAAGAUAAGUCUGACAAUAAUGAGUUAGCUGGAAAGGGAUUAAAUGCUGGGCCUGGUUCUACUGUUGAACAGUGUGUGGAAAUGGCAAUUGAGGCAAAUGAUGGCAUAACAAGAUCACAGUUGCGUGAUCACAAAGAUGCUGUAAAUGCUAGGAUGACACAAAUAGAAGAAUAUGUAGCAAAGACUGUCAGGGGAAAGCUUCAAUCCCGAAUUGAAGGACGGUCAUCUGCAGAUGGUACUGAUGUGAAGGAUGUUUUCUUCAUACAGCAAUCCAGGUCACGUCGUGUCGCUGGUUCAUAUCCUCGGCCAGAAAGAGAUGCUAGUCCUGAUAGAUAUAUGGGGCGACAUAGAUCUGCUGUUACUGGUGAAAGAGAUGGAGCUCAUCAAUGGACAUCAUGGGGUUCCAGAAGGUGUUAUACAUCAAAUUAUCAGGGAGGUGAGGGUCGCAACAACACCAGGCCAAGAAGUAAAACUGGUGAAUAUGCAAACAGGAUUGAUGGGGUGGAAUACCAUGAAAAGAGGCAGACUAAUUAUUUAUCGAAAGGCUUGCAUAAGCCAUUUGUGAGGAGAUCACCAGUGGAGAGGGAUGAAUAUUUUGUUGUAGGUAGAAGAGUGCCACUAACACAGAGAGUGAGUAACUUUAAAGGCAGAGGACAUUAUUCUCAGCGUCCGGGUAGAGAUUCUGUGGAAGAGUUUGAACCUCUGCCUGGGGUUGCUUGUGCAUCUGUUCGCAUGCCACGCUAUUUAUCAAGAAGAGAACACAGUUUCUCCCCAAGCUCUGGUAGACAGACACACAUGGCCAUGUCCCGGAAGAGAUCUCGGUCAAGAUCCCGAACCCGUUCGCUCAUGGCAUGGCAUCAGCAAAGAGAAUGUAUUUUGGGCGCUAGAAGAAUCAGCAGGUCUCCUGAUUGUAGGUCAGAGGCUAGGAUGGAAAGAAUGAGGAUGCCUUUCUCAAAGUCUUCGUUUGCAACUGAGUAUGGAGAGGGUUACAUAUCCCCGCCAAGAGGUCAUUUCUCUCCUCAAAGGAGCUGCCGUUGGGUUGAGGAGCGUAAUUUUGCAGAUUCUAACUAUUUAAGGCGGAGAAGAUCACCACCUGUGAGAGAGUUCAGGCGUACUCAAAGGCUUGAUGCUGUCAGGUCUUCGGGGAGAAUGAAGUCAGACAAGUACUUCAGACCUAUGACGCAGCCUGGGAGAUUCUCUUUCAUGGCCAACGAUGGUCGGGAAUGCAAAUUAGAACCAAACUACGGUGAUAGAUGGCGUGAUGAUAGUGGGGAGAUGAGUCACCGAGUGGUGCAUCCGGGUGAUGGUGCAAACAUGAGGCGUUUCCGGCACAAUGUAGGUGGUUGUGAUUUUGAGGUGAAGAAGUUGAAUAAUGAGGGUGAUGGGGAUGUGCCUAAGAGCCACCAGCAGCAGCAGCAGGGUGAGAGAGAAGAUAAGAAAGCAUCAUUUAAAAUCUGACUUGAUGACGUAUUUUCUUUGGUAGAGUUUAGCGGCAUGCAUCAUCAGCGAAGAAGAGAAAUGACCCUAGGAUUGGGGAUUUCCUCUUGAGGUUGGUGGCUGUUGUUAGGUAGGUAGGAAUUCCAUACCAGUUUGAAAUUUUCCCUCCUUAUAGCCCCAGAGUUGGUCUUAAUUUUUGCUGAUUUUUUUUAUUGUUUUAAUAUUUUGGUAAGGCCCUCGUUUGAUAGCCUUUUUGCAGUGGCAACUAGUCUUCUCUUUUGCAUUUUAAUAAACUAGGCUUUCGUAA